AUGGCGGGCGGUAGCUUACUGGCUUUAUUAGAUGAUAUUACGUUGAUUUUGGAUGACGUCAGCGCCAUGACCAAGGUGUCGGCGCAAAAAACCGCUGGCGUUUUGGGCGAUGAUUUGGCGCUCAACGCGCAGCAAGUCUCUGGCGUCACCGCCGAUAGAGAGUUGCCCGUGGUGUGGGCGGUGGCCAAAGGCUCUUUAUUAAACAAAACGAUUUUGGUGCCGCUGGCCUUAUUGCUUGGGUAUUUUGCGCCGUUCUUGGUAACGCCUUUGUUGAUGGUGGGCGGGGCGUAUUUGUGCUUUGAAGGCUUUGAAAAAGUGGCGCACACCGUGGUCAAAAACCGCCGCAAGGAUGAGGCACAUCGCGAGGCGCUGAUUGAGGCGGUGACCAAUGAAAACGUCGACAUGGUCGCGUUUGAGAAAGACAAAGUCAAAGGCGCGGUGCGCACGGAUUUUGUGCUCUCGGCUGAGAUUAUUGCAAUUACGUUGGGGGUUUUGCAGGCCAAUCAAAUGCCAUUUUUAAAUCAAGUGCUGGUGCUUGUUGCGGUGGCUGUGCUGAUUACGGUGUUUGUGUAUGGUUUGGUGGCGGUGAUUGUAAAACUCGAUGAUGUUGGGUUUUAUUUGCGCGGCAAAACAACGCAGUUUGCGCAAAAAAUGGGCGCGUUUUUGUUGUGGGUGACGCCGCAUUUGAUGCGCACACUCUCGGUUGUUGGGACGUUGGCGAUGUUUACUGUGGGCGGCUCGAUUAUUGUACACGGUUUGCCGUUUAUGCACCACUUUAGAGAGGCGCUUGGCGGGUUGGCUGGUUUUGUGUUUGAUGGCGUGUUUGGUUUAUUGGUUGGCGCAGCGGUGUUGCUGCUUUUGUUGUCGGUUAAAAAAAUUGCGCCCAAAUCGAAAGCGGGCGCUUGA